AUGCCUCCGACCGUAAUCUUCGGCGACAUUCGAGGCCUUGACCUCAAAGACCUCGAACCGGUCUUACACAAACAUGGCAUCUCGCAUUUGGACAGUGCAGCAGUCUAUCAAGCAGGUGCCUCCGAAACAAGCCUUGGUGAAGCUCGUAUGGGCGAGCGGUUCACCAUUGACACCAAGAUCCUGUCUAGCCGCGACAGUGAUGGGACUUUGACCCCAGAGAAGAUCGAAGAAAGCUCGAAGAAGUCUCUGGAGCGCUUGGGCAUGAACAAAGUUAACAUUCUCUACACUCACGCCCCUGACUUUGCCACUCCGAUCGAGCAACAGGCCAAAGCUUUCAAUGAUGUGCACGAGAAAGGGCGGUUCUCUGAGCUUGGCCUGUGCAAUACUCUGCCCGAUAUGGUGCAGGAAUGGCUAGACAUUGCAAAGGCAAAAGGCUAUAUCAAACCAACCUGGUUCCAAGGACAGUACAACCUGGCGGUCCGAAAUUAUGAGGAAGUCCUGUUCCCAUUACUGCGUGCAGAAGGCAUUCACUUCGCCGCUUACUCUCCACUCGGGGGAGGGUUUCUCAAUGGCAACCUCCGACCAGACAAGACCACUGGGACAAGAUUUAUAUCUCACGCAGCGGCCGCAAUGAGUCGAACGUUCUAUGAUCGCCCUGCCUUGCACGAAUACUACGACAAGAUUCUUGACUUGUCUGAGAAGGCAAACCUAUCGACCGGUGAGGUCAGCUUGCGUUGGAUCGUUCACCACUCGGCCCUUCGAGACGACGAUGUUCUCAUCCUGGGAGCAAGUAGGAUCAGCCAACUGGAACAGUCACUCGAUAGUAUCAGAAAAGGCCCGCUCGACGGAAAGCUGGCACAAGAGUUGAACUCUUUGUGGACGCCAGAACUGCAAGAAGCCACGCUCGAUAUCGUAGACUGGCAUCCCAAGAAAUGA